AUGGCGCUGAGUCGUGUGCCGGCGUCGAUGAGUGCAAGCUGCUCCAUCUUCGUCGGCAAUGUGCCGUACGAUGCCCAGGAAGAUGAGCUAAAAGAGCUCUUUGGCAAAGUGGGCAACGUCACAUCGGUGCGCCUGGUUUUGGACAAGGACACCAAGACGCCCAAAGGCUACGCCUUCGCGGACUUCGCGGACCCCGCCUCCGUGCAGGCGGCGGUGGAGAAGUUGAACCACGUGGAGUACAACGGCACAUCCAACUCCUGA